AUGCGUCGCUCCCGUGAGCCAUCUUUGACGCCGGCGGAGGAUUCGGCGGAAAAGCGAAUCCCCGGCCACCCACGCAGGAAAUGGUCCUCUGCUCUGAAAGUUGUCCACGCGAUGACCAGAUUCAAGAAUCUCCCGGCAAAGCAUGUAAGUUUUACGUUUUGAUUGUGAAUAUCAGAUAUUACUGUAUCCCAUGACGAAUAUGUCAAUCUGGAAUCACCUGGCUAAAGGUCGUCGAGAGCAGGAGAAUAGGGACCCAAGAGUUGAGCCCCGAGGGCUUUCAUGAAGACAAUUACCGGCUCCAAUGGAUCCGGUCGACUCCGAAGUCAGCGAGAAAACAACACUUUGGGGCCGGAGACAAGACAAGCAAGGCGGGACUUGUUUUGUGGUAGUAAUAAAUGAGACGUCGCCCCAGGCAUUGGAUGCCUUUCAGCUCGUCUUCCUGAAGUCAUCGCGCGGCCGCGGGUUCUUCUCCUUGAUAAGUUAGAGCACCAAUUCCCCAACCCAUUUUCGGAGUGGAGGAGAAAGUUUCGGGCUGUCCGCUGCUUCCCACGGCCCUCCGAAGACUUUGAAGCCUCCUGUUUGGAGGUGUUCUUCAAGCCAAGUUUAUUAUUCUCUUAAAGAGGAAUUGCGCUCCAUUUCCUUUGUGACCCUUUCCCAGUCCGCCCCGUAGUCCUGGACCCGCCACUUCAAGUCCCGCCGUUCCGACUUCGCCAACCCAGCACCGAUUCUUUGCCGUUGCCCCAUCCGGUCGGGUACGUCGAGUUCUUGGAGCGUAUGAGCCGACGGUCUUCCUUACAGUACCCUCUGCAAAGUGGAGGUCUUCUGAGUGGCCAUGCUCGACCCUAUGGCCCUGAAGUCGGGUCGUAUCAGGACACGGUGUUGGAGCGGGCUUUGUUGGCCGAAUCGGCGCUGCAACGAUCAUACCGGCUCGGCUCGCAACCAUCACUCGCUGCACAACGACGGACGCUUUUAACACCCGGCUAUGAGCCACCGCCUCCCUUUCAACCACCGCCCCCUUCUUCUUACGGCCGGCCACACCUGCCCGAAAACCAUCCGGCGCGCUAUCAUCGACGUUCCCAGCCAUCCCUUCUCUGCACCUUCGAAGAAAGCGUCAUGAAUCCCGACUCCACGUUGCGUCAUUCCCAGCCGAUGCUCUUCACGGGCGAAAGGAUACGCGUUGAGGCGAGGAAGUCAUCGCCGAUGGCCAGACACACUCCGCCCGGAUCAGCGUCUCCUCGAAUGCAUCAUCGACCAGCCCGAGCGAUGACUUCCAAUCAGUUCGGGGCCAUUCUCCAGAACUCUUAUCCCAAUUCUCCUGGCUCUCCGACCAUGCAAAGGCGAUUCCCCGUGGCGUCGGCUUCAGAACGGAGGAUUCUGAAGCGGGCUCCCCAAUCUGACUUAGCUUAUCGAUUACAGAGACAGCACCUCGAAGGCCAGUCCAGUCAAUACCCUUCCGAAUAUCGACCAGACGGUGAGUUUUCUUCCUUUCAUUUUUGAUCAUUUCGAAUGAUGUUUCCUCACAUCAAAAGACCAUUUUUAUUAAUUAUGACGUUUUGGGAUGUCCAGUAAUUUAUAAAUAAUGCAGAUCCCUCCACUUCCUUGCUCCAAAUCCUGCGGGGAUUUAUUUUUAGCGAAAGUUUCCCCAAAUAUUUUUAUUUUUAUUCCGCGUAGGUUCCGAAACUGAUAGCCGCAGGCACUGAGGACGUCAUUAAACGGCCGAGGGAUUUGUCUUGAAUUAUUUACAAUAUUUGGCCAAUGCCGUGUCUGGUCAUCACUAGAUAUUUUGUAAACUGAAGGGAUUUGUGACUAAUCCUUCCGUCGACGAUUAACCAAAACAGUUACCACUCCUUAAGGAAAACAGUUGCUAUUUAAGUGCUUUCCAAUCUCUGGCCAUCAAUUUGAGACUUGGGUCGUGCCUAAAAACAAAUGUAAUUUCCGUUCGAAUGACUUUCUUGGCCUGCGAGAGUUCCUUCGGUUUCGAGAUUGGCCAUGAAUAUGAAAGGAGGAGAUAAUCGCGGCCGAAGACGUGUUCGUAUGCGCAAUUAGGGUCGUUUUACAUGAAAAAAAAACUUUUUUGGGAGAAUUUUGGGCUGUAAAAAUAAAUUACUUUUCCGGAAACUGGUACAGUAGGGUCCCAAAGAAAAUUAUGCGUUAAUUGUUUGGGGACGUUGAUGAGUUCUGACGUCUCUGGAGGAUUCCGAAGACGGCACGGAAUUAAAUUAAUUUAUGGCGUCGCAUUUACCAAGGAAGGGCCGUAUAAAUUUCACACAUUUCAACACGCUUUUGGCAGCCCCCUUCAGAGACCCGUCCGCAGAUCAAAACCCAUCGUAAUUUAUGCGUAACUAAUGCAUAAUUGCACACGGCCGUGAUAUGUUGCACAUGUCAUUCCCAACUGAUUUAUGGUAUUUCCGGGGGCAUUUCGCUCCACUGGAUUCUUGGUUUUACAUUAUUCAUGGCCUGAAUAAAUGACAUUUGGAGGAAAUUUGCAAGUACAAAUUCGAAAUUAGCAGGCUGCUUUGCAUAUUUAUAUACAACUAUUGCAACUUGUGAUUGAUUUUAGUGUAUUAGUUGGGACAUAUGGAUUCAGCCAGGCUUAGUAUUUGAGAUUACAUCGGGUGUUAAAAGUAUUUUCCAUGACCUUACCGAGCCUUUCCCUUUAUGCCUCAAGGCAUUGUUGUCAUCUGAGACCAGAAAAAAAUCAUUAAUAUUAAUAAAGGAAGUAAAAGGAAAAGAUAUGCAUAUAAGAACACUGUUUUGAGAUAAGGAUUCUGCAGAAAUCUGUAAUUCAAAAUCAUUAAAACAUUAAAUUAAAAGUGACCCUAAAUGUCACCAUCCAAUUAUUUUUACACAAACAACCUUGUGGAAUGCCUAAGGGCAUGUCUGGGGAAUAAUAAAUAAACUCAGGUGUUUCAGAUGAGGAACCGGUGGUGGAUCCAAUCUACCUGGCCCUCAAAGAGGCCAAGGGGAAGUACGGGAGUCGUCGCGGAUCGUCGAAUCAGUUCGACUCUGCAACCCCCUCUCCACAACACUUGUCCCAGGUCUCGUUGCAAGACUCCGGAUAUGCAGAGACCACUGGUUCGAGAGGUCAAUUGCUAGGAUCGACCCCGCAAUUACAUCAGGCCAGCCAACCUCCUCCGGGAACUCAGGGUAAGUUGUUAAGGACGACCGGGACAGGGCCCAGUGACUCAUUGUCCUCGGGCUAUUGUUUUCACUGUACGGAGGCUCCUCAAACUUUCAUCAUGCCUUUUGCGACACCUGAAAUUACUCAUUGGGACUGUAACCAGGACACCUUUCCGCCUUUCAAAUCAAAAAUAUUAUUUAAAAUUUCAGCCAACCCCAGCGGCACUGGUCGCCCACGGGCUCCAAAACUCAACAAACAGAUGAAGUCGCUGUCUUUGGAUUGCGCGGAAAUGCCGCCUCCGGUCUCGACACAGAUGAGAUCUACCUACAGUAAGUGUGAUAUGUAUAUAUGGGUAUAAAUGGACAGGACAUUCAGAGAACAAAGCCGUUCGAUCAGCCCGAGGAUACGCCUCAGGAGAGACCAGUGAUUGGGGAAGAAGUGUGUCGCCUAAGGCACCAUCGCCGAGAAAGUUGCCGGCUCAGCCAGUGCAAGCCGGGACCCCGCCGAAGCAAGGUAAAUGUUACAUUUUGACUUGGGCAUAGAACGCUUUUCAUUGCGUAUUACAUGUUAAUACGUAUGUUUUGGUUGCGUAGCCACUUCCGCCUCCUCUUGCACGCAUGAUAUCGCCUGAGGGCAUACCCGGAAACAUGAUCCGGCCUUGUUUAUGUCCUCUUUUCCCUCUAAAUGACGCCUUUUCAGUAGUGAGUACCCACAUUGUGACACACGAUUACAUCCCACCAUCCUGUUCCGACCCAAAUAACGGGCUUUACAUUGGCGACCGGCUUCAUAUUGUGGAUAAUGGCGAUCCCGAUUGGCUUCAUGGCUUCAGAAUCAACGACCGAUUGCAGAAAUUGUUGUCAUUCCCGGCGACUUGUGUUGCGGCCAUCCACAACAACGAGCAGCCAAUGAAACUGGUCCAGAAUAUUCAUAUCCCCGAAGCCAAGAUGCGGUUGUACAGGGACCAAGUGGUGUUUGCACAAGCCGAUUCAUUAAGGGAGGACCAGAAGGUGAAGGUCAGGAAUGUGCGCGGCGCCUUCGUCUACUGUCCACUACAAUAUCUGAUGCUCAUAUAG